GUGGCGCCUCGGCGCCGCCAUGUUGUUUUGCUGUGUUGUCAACCGCCGGUGAAGCAGCGCCGCGCCGCGCCAGGUGAGCCUGUCCGCCUCCCGCCUGUGUCCCGCUGUCUCACCUCAGUCUCACCUGAGUCUCACCUCAGUCUGUCCCGCUGCAGUCUGACACCGGUGUGUAGCUGCCUGUUGCCAUGGCGACCUUCCCAGAGUACAUCGCUCAGAACGAGGAGCGUGACGGCGUGCGCUUCAGCUGGAACGUGUGGCCGUCCAGCCGCCUGGAGGCCACCCGCAUGGUGGUGCCGGUGGCGGCGCUGUUCACCCCCCUGAAGGAGCGCCCCGACCUGCCGCCCAUCCAGUAUGAGCCGGUCCUCUGCAGCCGCGCCACCUGCCGCGCCGUGCUCAACCCGCUGUGCCAAGUCGACUACAGAGCCAAGCUGUGGGCCUGCAACUUCUGUUACCAGAGAAACCAGUUUCCUCCGACCUACGCUGGGAUCUCGGAGGUGAAUCAGCCGGCGGAGCUGCUGCCUCAGUUUUCCACCAUCGAGUACGUCGUCCAGCGGGGCCCCCAGAUGCCCCUGGUGUUCCUGUAUGUGGUGGACACCUGCAUGGAGGACGAGGACCUGCAGGCUCUGAAGGAGUCUCUGCAGAUGUCUCUGUCUCUGCUGCCGCCCACCGCGCUCGUGGGCCUCAUCACCUUCGGCCGCAUGGUGCAGGUGCACGAGCUGGGCUGCGAGGGAAUCUCCAAGAGCUACGUGUUCCGAGGCACCAAGGACCUGAGCGCCAAGCAGCUGCAGGAGAUGCUCGGCCUGACCAAACCAUCAGCCUCCCAGGGCAGAGGGCCUCAAGCUGCCCAGCCGCCUCUGUCCAACAGGUUCCUGCAGCCGGUGCAGAAGAUCGACAUGAACCUGACCGACCUGCUGGGCGAGCUGCAGCGGGACCCCUGGCCCGUCACCCAGGGCAAGAGGCCGCUGCGCUCCCUCGGAGUCGCCAUGUCCAUCGCCGUGGGACUGCUGGAGUGCACCUUCCCCAACACGGGCGCUCGCAUCAUGACGUUCGUGGGCGGGCCGGCCACGCAGGGGCCCGGCAUGGUGGUGGGCGACGAGCUGAAGACGCCCAUCAGGUCGUGGCACGACAUCGAGAAGGACAACGCCAAGUUCAUGAAGAAGGCCACCAAGCAUUACGAGGCUCUGGCAGGCAGAGCGUCCUCUAACGGCCACAUCAUCGACAUCUACGCCUGCGCUCUGGACCAGACCGGCCUGCUGGAGAUGAAGUGCUGCGCCAACCACACAGGGGGCUACAUGGUGAUGGCGGACUCCUUCAACACGUCUCUGUUCAAGCAGACCUUCCAGAGAGUUUUCACCAAAGAUGUUCAGGGAUCCUUCAAGAUGGCCUUCGCUGCCACGCUGGAGAUCAAAACGUCCAGAGAGAUCAAAGUAUCUGGAGCGAUUGGCCCGUGUGUGUCUUUGAACGCCAAAGGACCCUGCGUCUCCGAGAACGAGAUCGGCACAGGUGGAACCUGUCAGUGGAAGGUGUGCGGUCUGGACCCGAGCACCACGCUGGCUCUCUACUUCGAGGUGGUGAACCAGCACAACGCUCCGAUCCCGCAGGGCGGCCGUGGGGCCGUACAGUUUGUUACCCAGUACCAGCACGCCUCGGGACAGAGACGCAUCAGGGUCACCACCACCGCCAGGAACUGGGCUGAUGCUCAGACUCAGAUCCAGAGCAUCGCGGCGUCCUUCGACCAGGAGGCGGCAGCCAUCUUGAUGGCGAGGCUGGCGGUGUACCGGGCCGAGACGGAGGAGGGGCCGGACGUCCUGCGCUGGCUGGACCGCCAGCUGAUCCGCCUGUGUCAGAAGUUUGGAGAUUACCACAAAGACGAUCCCAACUCCUUCAGAUUCUCAGAGACCUUCUCCCUCUACCCACAGUUCAUGUUCCACCUGCGUCGCUCGCCCUUCCUGCAGGUGUUUAACAACAGUCCAGAUGAGAGUUCUUACUACAGGCACCAGUUCAACAGGCAGGACCUGACGCAGGCGCUCAUCAUGAUCCAGCCCGUGCUGUACGCCUACUCCUUCAACGGGCCGCCCGAGCCCGUGCUGUUGGACAGCAGCAGCAUCCUGCCAGACCGCAUCCUGCUCAUGGACACCUUCUUCCAGAUCCUCAUCUACCAUGGAGAGACGGUGUCCCAGUGGCGGAAGGCGGGGUACCAGGAGAUGCCCGAGUACGAGAACUUCCGUCACCUCCUGCAGGCGCCGGUGGACGACGCCCAGGAGCUGCUGCACACCCGCUUCCCCAUGCCCAGAUACAUCGACACGGAGCACGGGGGCAGCCAGGCUCGCUUCCUGCUGUCCAAGGUGAACCCGUCACAGACCCACAACAACAUGUACGCCUGGGGCCAGGAGUCUGGCGCCCCCAUCCUGACGGACGACGUCAGCCUGCAGGUGUUCAUGGAUCACCUGAAGAAGCUCGCCGUCUCCAGCGCUGCCUGACAUCCCAGCUGCUCUCUCACUGUUUGUUUUGCUUUUGCUGCCUGACUUAACCCAAUAAACACUCAAACAACCCGCCUACCCGCUGUUACUAUGGUAACCAGUAAGUCAACCAACCACAGCUCAGCCCUGACCAGCCAGUAACCAGUAGUCUCGCAGUGCGGCGUCCAAUCAGAGCAGCAGUGAAGGAUCUCCAUCCCGUUCCUGCUGAUGUCCUGUCGUCUUCCUCGCCAUUCAGAUCUUUUUCCUGUCAGACUUUAUUGUAGCCGUGAGAAUCUGAAUUCACUUUGGACUAGUUAGGAAAACCAAACUGCAAGCAAACAAAAAGGAAACCUCACCAGAAACACAAAGGAGAUCUACGACAGCGUGUUAAUGCCGCCAUAGGAAAAAAAGAAGUAGCACUGCGGGGACGGGGGGUAUUCUGAGAAAAAACUGAAAAAAUUCAGAAAUUAUAAAAUCACAAAUUUAUGAAACCCAGCUGUUCUCCUCCUGUGGGAUCCAGUCUGAAGGAAAUCCUGCUGGUCUGAGUCCAGAACCCC